AUGGCUGCUCUUUCUUCUUCAAAAUCCUACCACAUUCGAUCAAUCAGUUUGCUAGGACGAUCACACCCAAACACUCAAAGAGUGGAAGAGGAGCUUAAUAAGCUCAAGACAUUGGAUACAACAGUUGCACCAGCAGCUGAGACAAUCUGUUCUGCUUUAUUUGAUUUGGAGAUGUUACACAAGUGCAUGGAUGAUCUUCUGAAUUUGCCUCAAACCCUUAAAUCCCUUUCCAAAUAUCAAAACGGGAAAUGGAUCGAAGAUUUAUUGGAAAAAUCAGUGAGAAUCAUUGAUGUGUGUGGCACAGCAAGGGAUCUAGUUUCUCGAAGCAAGGAAAGUGUAAGAGAUCUUCAAUCUGCUCUCUCUCAGGAGGAAAGGAGAUUCAAGUGCAGAAGCCAGCAUUUCUAG